GAUAAGACUCGGGGACACGGUUGCUGCGUCAUACUCACUCCUCACUACAGAACUUCUAGUGCUGAGCAUCAGGCUGCCGGGGACAUGCGUGAAAUCGUACACUUACAGAUAGGCCAAUGCGGUAACCAAAUUGGAUCUAAGGUAUGGGGGAAUUUGGGAUAUUUUUUUGUCACCAGCACUUGCCACCCUAAAUUUUGCCGUGCCCAAUGGCUGUUACCAUAUUCCUGCUCUGUAUCGUAAAACCCAGAUGUACACCCCAAUAUAUAUCCCACUGGGAACAUCCUUACUGUGAUCUCUUCUCUGUCUUUCUGAAACCCAGACGUGUGUGCGUACAUGUAACGUGAGUGCGGAACGCGAUUUAAAUAAACUAUUCCCAGACAUGCGAUACUCUGAAUUGCAAGAACCUGAUACAAAACUGUCAGAUGGAUGGAGAGCGGCCAAAUGCUUAUUACGUUUCAUUUUUCUUUCCUGAAUUUAUUUUCAGUGAAAUUCGUGCAAAUUACAACAUUUUCCAUUUGUUUAUGCUUUGAUGUAUUUUCCAUUGUUUAACCUGUUCAUUUCUAAACCCUAAAACAGUAACGGUCAGCCUUGGCACUCCCAGGAUAUGUUUAGGACGUUUGGGACUCCCAAUACUCAUUUGAUGGUAAAAUGUGUGACCUCCGCUCUCUGAGCCUCUUACAUGUUUGUCACAAACAGAGCAGGCCCCUUGCAAGGUUAAUACAGGGGGAGUAAAGUCUCUGUUUGUUAGUAUUAGUUUAACGCCAUCAAUACAUAGAGUAGACCAUUGGUGGGGGGCUGGGUAUUGGGCAGCAGGGUGUGACUGUGAGAAGCUGCUCUGCUCUCAUAGAUAAGAAGGUUUAGGGCUGGUUUGAGGAGUGGAAGCGAAGAUACAAUUCCCAAAUUACUCUGAAAUAAUGACAGGCCGUGUUAGACAAUGUCACAAGCGCUACAUGUUGGGCAGCAUGACCGUGCGGGCAGCCACUGCACAGGAAGGAGCACUGUUCAUGGAAAGACUAUCACAAAGUACCCACGAUAGCAGACACAAAUGAUCAAUUACAUUGUAAACUUGUACAUUUGUCUUUUGGCUCAAAGACUCCCGUGUGUGUUUAGUCACUGAUCUGAAAUGAUCUGUGAAUACUUGGCAGAUAAAUUGCUGAUUUUAUAAAAACAUAUUUUUUGCAACACGACUGUAUUAGCCACAAAUAACUGUGCAUUCUCCACAAUUCUGGAUUUGGCGACCAAGCCAUCCAUACUUUUAUAUUUCACUUAUAUUUAAACAAUUCUAUAGGUUUACAGUUCUGUGAAUCUGGAUUUAGCUCUUUACUAACCCUGUAUAUCUGGGAUACAGCUAUUUACUAACCCUGUAUAUCUGGGAUAUAGCGAUUUACUAACCCUGUAUAUCUGGGAUAUAGCGAUUUACUAACCCUGUAUAUCUGGGAUAUAGCUAUUUACUAACCCUGUAUAUCUGGGAUAUAGCUAUUUACUAACCCUGUAUAUCUGGGAUACAGCUAUUUACUAACCCUGUAUAUCUGGUAUCCAGCUAUUUACUAACCCUGUAUAUCUGGGAUACAGCUCUUUACUAACCCUGUAUAUCUGGGAUAUAGCUCUUUACUAACCCUGUAUAUCUGGGAUACAGCUAUUUACUAACCCUGUAUAUCUGGGAUAUAGCUAUUUACUGACCCUGUAUAUCUGGGAUAUAGCUGUGUACUGACCCUGUAUAUCUGGGAUACAGCUCUUUACUAACCCUGUAUAUCUGGGAUAUAGCUAUUUACUAACCCUGUAUAUCUGGGAUACGGCUAUUUACUAACCCUGUAUAUCUGGGAUACAGCUCUUUACUAACCCUGUAUAUCUGGGAUACGGCUAUUUACUAACUCUGUAUAUCUGGGAUAUAGUUAUUUACUAACCCUGUAUAUCUGGGAUAUAGCUAGCCACGUGUCCUGUAUAUCUGGGAUAUAGCUCUUACUAACCCUGCAUAUCUGGGAUAUAGCCAUUUACUAACCCUGUAUAUCUGGGAUAAUGGCUCUUUACUAACCCCUGUAUAUCUGGGAUACAGCUCUGCACUAACCCUGUAUAUCUGGGAUACAGCUCUGCACUAACCCUGUAUAUCUGGGAUACAGCUCUGCACUAACCCUGUAUAUCUGGGAUACAGCUCUGUACUAACCCUGUAUAUCUGGGAUACAGCUCUUUACUAACCCUGUAUAUCUGGGAUAUAGCUAUUUACUAGCCCUGUAUAUCUGGGAUAUAGCCAUUUACUAACCCUGUAUAUCUGGGAUAUAGCUAUUUACUAACCCUGUAUAUCUGGGAUACAGCUAUUUACUAACCCUGUAUAUCUGGGAUACAGCUCUUUACUAACCCUGUAUAUCUGGGAUACAGCUCUUUACUAACCCUGUAUAUCUGGGAUACGGCUCUUUACUAACCCUGUAUAUCUGGGAUACAGCUCUUUACUAACCCUGUAUAUCUGGGAUACAGCUAUUUACUAACCCUGUAUAUCUGGGAUACAGCUCUUUACUAACCCUGUAUAUCUGGGAUACGGCUCUUUACUAACCUGUAUAUCUGGGAUAUAGCUAUUUACUAACCCUGUAUAUCUGGGAUACGGCUAUUUACUAACCCUGUAUAUAUAGGAUAUAGCUAUUUACUAACCCUGUAUAUCUGGGAUACGGCUCUUUACUAACCCUGUAUAUCUGGGAUAUAGCUCUUUACUAACCCUGUAUAUCUGGGAUACAGCUAUUUACUAACCCUGUAUAUCUGGGAUAGAGCUAUUUACUAACCCUGUAUAUCUGGGAUAGAGCUCUUUACUAACCCUGUAUAUCUGGGAUAUAGCUACUUACUAACCCUGUAUAUCUGGGAUACAGCUCUUUACUAACCCUGUAUAUCUGGGAUAUAGCUAUUUACUAACCCUGUAUAUCUGGGAUACAGCCUUUUACUAACCCUGUAUAUCUGGGAUAUAGCUAUUUACUAACCCUGUAUAUCUGGGAUACAGCUAUUACUAACCAUGUAUAUCUGGGAUACAGCUCUUUACUAACCCUGUAUAUCUGGGAUUCAGCUCAUUACUAACCCUGUAUAUCUGGGAUAUAGUUCUUUACUAACCUUGUAUAUCUGGGAUAUAGCUAUUUACUAUCCCUGUAUAUCUGGGAUACAGCUCUUUACUAACCCUGUAUGUCUGGGAUACAGCUCUUUACUAACCCUGCAUAUCUGGGAUACAGCUAUAUACUAACCCUGUAUAUCUGGGAUAUAGCUAUUUACUAACCCUGUAUAUCUGGGAUAUAGCUAUUUACUAACCCUGUAUAUCUGGGAUACAGCUAUUUACUAACCCUGUAUAUCUGGGAUAUAGCUAUUUACUAACCCUGUAUAUCUGGGAUAUAGCUAUUUACUAACCUUGUAUAUCUGGGAUAUAGCUAUUUACUAACCCUGUAUAUCUGGGAUACAGCUAGUUACUAACCCUGCAUAUCUGGGAUACAGCUCUUUACUAACCCUGUAUAUCUGGGCUAUAGCUAUUUACUAACCCUGUAUAUCUGGGAUACAGCUCGUUACUAACCCUAUAUAUCUGGGCUAUAGCUAUUUACUAACCCUGUAUAUCUGGGAUAUAGCUAUUUACUAACCCUGUAUAUCUGGGCUAUAGCUAUUUACUAACCCUGUAUAUCUGGGAUACGGCUCUUUACUAACCCUGUAUAUCUGGGAUACAGCUCGUUACUAACCCUAUAUAUCUGGGCUAUAGCUAUUUACUAACCCUGUAUAUCUGGGAUACAGCUACUUACUAACCCUGUAUAUCUGGGAUAUAGCUAUUUACUAACCCUGUAUAUCUGGGAUAUAGCUGUUUACUAACCCUGUAUAUCUGGGAUACAGCUCUUUACUAACCCUGUAUAUCUGGGAUAUAGCUCUUUACUAACCCUGUAUAUCUGGGAUACAGCUAUUUACUAACCCUGUAUAUCUGGGAUAUAGCUAUUUACUAACCCUGUAUAUCUGGGAUAUAGCUACUUACUAACCCUGUAUAUCUGGGAUACAGCUCUUUACUAACCCUGUAUAUCUGGGAUAUAGCUGUGUACUAACCCUGUAUAUCUGGGAUACAGCUAUUUACUAACCCUGUAUAUCUGGGAUAUAGCUGUUUACUAACCCUGUAUAUCUGGGAUACAGCUAUUUACUAACCCUGUAUAUCUGGGAUAUAGCUAUUUACUGACCCUGUAUAUCUGGGAUACAGCUAUUUACUAACCCUGUAUAUCUGGGAUAUAGCUAUUUACUGACCCUGUAUAUCUGGGAUACAGCUAUUUACUAACCCUGUAUAUCUGGGAUAUAGCUAUUUACUAACCCUGUAUAUCUGGGAUCAGCUAUUUACUAACCCUGUAUAUCUGGGAUAUAGCUCUUUACUAACCCUGUAUAUCUGGGAUAUAGCUAUUUACUAACCCUGUAUAUCUGGGAUAUAGCUCUUUACUAACCCUGUAUAUCUGGGAUUCAGCUAUUUACUAACCCUGUAUAUCUGGGAUAUAGCUAUUUACUAACCCUGUAUAUUUUCCUGUAAUGACCAUAUUAAUGAAGGUGAAAUAACCCAGGUUUUCUCAUGUAAUUUAUUGUAGUUCUGGGAGGUCAUCAGUGACGAACAUGGAAUUGAUGUGAAUGGAAGUUACUGCGGAGAUUCUGAGUCUCAACUCGAGAGGAUUAAUGUUUACUUCAACGAGGCUCAUUGUGAGUAAUACGGUGACAAAGCUAAGAGUUCAAGCAUGGGGGGCAUUUCUUGUCUCUGUAGUGGAAUUUACCAUGGUUCAUACAAUAUAGUGCCUCUGCUUGUGUUCUACACAGUAACGAUAUAUGGUAUAUUUUGUAUAGUAACAUUGAUUCUUCUUUGUCAUAGCCCAUAAAUAUGUUCCGAGAGCGGUGCUUGUGGAUCUGGAACCAGGAACCAUGGACAGUCUGCGAUCCAGCUCCAUCGGACCCCUGUUUCGUCCAGACAGCUUUAUUCACGGUAAAUGUUCCCUCUGUAUAUCAGCACUGCUAGUACCUUGUGUUCUGUAGAAAAAAAUAAAAUGGAUCUACGUGUUUUAUAUGGUUAUAGGAAAUUCCGGUGCCGGCAACAACUGGGCCAAGGGCCACUACACAGAGGGCGCGGAGCUGAUUGAGUCGGUGAUGGAUGUGGUGAGAGCGGAAAGCGAGAGCUGUGAUUGUCUCCAAGGGUUUCAGUUGGUGCAUUCACUUGGUGGAGGGACAGGAUCCGGCAUGGGAACCCUUCUCAUUAACAAGAUCCGAGAAGAGUAUCCAGACAGGAUAAUGAACACAUUCAGCAUCAUGCCCUCACCCAAGGUGUCGGACACGGUGGUAGAGCCAUACAACGCAAUCCUUUCCAUCCAUCAGCUGAUCGAGAAUACGGAUGAAACGUUCUGCAUUGACAACGAGGCCUUGUAUGACAUCUGCUUCCGCACUUUGAAGCUUUCAAACCCCACCUACGGUGACCUCAACCACCUGGUCUCAAUGACGAUGAGUGGAGUGACCACAUCCCUGAGGUUUCCAGGGCAACUGAAUGCUGACCUGCGGAAACUGGCAGUCAACAUGGUGCCGUUUCCCCGUCUCCAUUUCUUUAUGACUGGUUUCUCCCCACUCACCUCCCGCAGGAGCCAGCAAUACACAGCCCUAACCGUUCCCGAACUCACACAGCAGAUGUUUGACUCUCGUACCAUGAUGACUGCCUGCGACCCUCACCAUGGCCGCUACUUAACAGUGGCCGGAAUCUUUCGUGGCCGAAUGUCCACCAAGGAAGUGGAUGAGCAGAUGUUGGCCGUCCAGUCUAAAAAUAGUGCUUAUUUCGUUGAAUGGAUUCCUAACAACGUCAAAGUGGCAGUUUGCGACAUCCCACCUCGUGGCCUCAAAUUAUCGUGCACGUUUAUAGGUAAUAAUACAGCAAUCCAAGAGAUCUUCAAGCGCAUUGCAGAGCAGUUUUCGGCUAUGUACCGGAGAAAAGCCUUCCUGCACUGGUACACAGGGGAGGGCAUGGAUGAAAUGGAGUUUACAGAGGCUGAAUGCAAUACUCACGACCUGAUUGCCGAAUACCAGCAAUACCAGGAGGCCACGGCUGAAGUGGAGGAGUAUUUUGAUGAAGAGGAGGAAGCCCACAUUACAGAAACUGUAGAAAGAGUGUUUUAGAUCUCAAGGAAAAGCAAUGGACCAUAGUCAGAGAAAGGACAUUGCUGCCCCAUCUAAAUGCACAAUGAAGCUACUUUUUUAUUAUUAAUAUAAAAACCCUCUUACCCCACAGGGCAGCUAUUCUGUAUAAAAAAAACAAAAACCUUAUCCCCAUCUACCUGCAACUUCUAAUCCUUCAGGGCAGCUAUUCAACAGAAAUACCCUCACCCCAGCAACCUGCCCCAUGGAGCAAUAAUUUCAUAAUGAUACACUUACCUCACGUACUAGCUUCCUAUAAGCCCCCACCUCCGCUAUUUUUUUAUAAAACAAUACUGCUACUCCGUCUAGCUACUGCUUCACAACCCUCAGUAGAGCUAUCCACCUGCCCCACUAUUUUUAUCGGACAGUUAUUAUGUAGAAGUACCCCUGGCCCACCUAACUAUCCCCCUUAACUCUACAGGGAGGUUAAUAAUAGAAAUAAUGAUAUUCAGAGCUGUAGGUGGAACAGCAUCUUAAAGCCCACUCAAUAUUUGUGGAUUUAUUUUUUAGUUUUUUUUAUUUAGAACUAUUAAGAAUAACAUUUUAGACCUGCAAAUGUAAUUUAGCAUGUGUGGUAAAAAAAAAAAAAAAAAGCAAUGUGGUGUGAUUUAAUUAUAUAUCAAAUGCUGUGUAUGUUUACCUGAUAAAUGGACUACAUUCCCAAACUGAUGGAUAAAUAUAGAAAACAGAUAUAAAACAGAUUCAAACAAAAAGACUUCCUAAUUUAAAAUCCUCAUUGUACUGGAAGAGGAUUCGAUGUCCGUGAGCUCGGCGAACUUCUACUGCUUAAUGCGGGGAUCUCAUCUGGAAAAGGCAUAGACUCUGCUCUAGAACCUUUGGCAGCCUAAGAGAGGAAACAUUGGGCAGCCAAACGCGGCUACCGCAGAGCUCUCGAAAUAUUAAACCUGUUUUAACCAAACCCUUUUUUCUUCUUCUUUGUAUAAGAUCAUAAGGACCAAAGCAUUUGUCACCAUUAAACAUCGUGUUUGUUUCAGUUCCUUAAACAUG